AUGCUUCUUCUAUUUCAAACACUUGUAUUCUCUGCGGAUAAUGUUUGCAUUAAGAAAGAAAUAUGCCUUUUUAAAUUUGAAUAUUAUCUAACUGUCACUUUCAAGAUCGAUCUAUCUAUCUAUAUAUCUAUCUAUCUAUCUAUCUAUCUAUCUAUCUAUCUAUCUAUCUAUCUAUCUCGCCUUUUCAUAAUCUAUCUAUCUAUCUAUCUAUCUAUCUAUCUAUCUAUCUAUCUAUCACAGCCUCUUAAUAUCUAUCUAUCUAUCUAUCUAUCUAUCUAUCUAUCUAUCUCGUUCUUAAUGGUUGACUUUCUCAACCCUCUCUCUCUCUCUCUCUCUCUCUCUCUCUCUCUCUCUCUAUCUCUCUCUAUUUCUCUACCUCUCUCCAUCUCUCUCUAUCUCUUUCUCUCUAUCUCUCUCGAUCUCUCUCCAUCUCUCUAUCUCACUCUAUCACUCUCUCCAUCUCUCUCUCUCUAUAUAUCUAUCUCUAUCUCUCUCUCGAUCUCUCUCUAUCUCUCUAUCUCUAUCUAUUUCUCUCUAUCUCUUUCUCUCUAUCUCUCUCGAUCUCUGUCUCUCUCUCUCUCUCUAUCUCUCUCUAUCUCUCUCUAUCUCUCUCUGUAUCUUUCACUGUAUCUCUCUCUAUCUCUCUCUCUCUCUAUCUAUCUCUGCUACUCUUUGUAUGUUUUUUUUUCUUUCUCUCUCUGUUUAAAAGCAUUCAAUCUGUCUCCGAUUCUUUCUUUUUUUCUUUAUCUACCUCUCUCUCGUUCUCUGUGUGUCUUACGUGCGAAUCUUUCACACACGACAAAAAGCUGGCGUUUCUGUAGUCGAAUUUUCAAUAUACAUGUCUGUUCAGUGUUCCUCCACGAUAAAGAGAAAAGCACUCAAUCUCUCUUUCCCCUCUCUCUCUCUUUGUCUCUUCUAUGCGUUGAAACACUUGAUCUCAUUUUCUAUUUAAAUCUAUCUAUAAUUUUUAUGUCCAUUCAUAUCUAUCAAAUUCUUUAUUUUGAUUAUGUAUAUAUGUCUGUUCAUCUAUCUAUCUAUCUAGGUCUGUACAUGAAAUCUAUCUAUCUAUUUAUCUACCUACGUAGGGCUAUUCAUAUGCAUCUAUUUUUUUGUCUAUUCAUAUCUAUCUAUCUAUCUAUCUAUCUAUCUAUCUAUCUAGUCUAUUCAUAUGUAUAUAUCUAUUUUGGUCUAUCCAUAUCUAUCUAUCUAUUUAUCUAUCUAUCUAUCUAUCUAUCACAUGUUGAACAUCUAUCUAUCUAUCUAUCUAUCUAUCUAUCUAUCUAUCUAUCUAUCCGAAUAUUUCUACAUUUUAUCAUUAUAUAUCAUGUCGCUUUCCCUCUAUUAUUUCUCACCCCCUGUUUUAACCUUCUUCUUCUUCUUCUUCUUCUUCUUCUUCUUCUUCUUCUUCUUCUUCUUCUUUUACAUGUUUGUAUCAACCUACGUUUCCCUCCCUUUCUCUAUCACUCUUUCUAA